UGUUUCCUGUGCGCUUUCAGGUUCUCAUACUAAACCUCAGAGUGUGAGGGUCCCUGACUGAGUGAGACUGAAUCUGACAGGAAGUGCAGGUCAGCAGGGUUCACUUCUCUGCAGAGAUAGAUGGCAUUGGUAUCCUGAUUGCGAUGCAGUGUGGGCUUGAGCAAAGGAGAGUCGGGGAACUUAUUCAGCGCUGUGGGGCACUGCAUUUAGAAUCGAUCUGUUCCUGGAAACUUUAACUGAGAUAUAUUAGCUCUAUAGAUUAACUUUACUCCCCAGCCUCUCUGUACAUAUUCAAUCUGGCGUAUUGAAGGAUGGAAGCGGUAGCUCUGUAUGUCUUUCAAGCUUCAGAGAAUGAUGAACUCAGUUUUAAAAAAGGGGAUAUACUGAAGAUCACAAACAUGGAAGAUGAUCAGAACUGGUUCACAGCAGAGCUGGGAGGGUUAAAUGGCUUUAUUCCAAAGAAUUAUAUUAAAGUAAAACCGCACCCGGUGUGUUUUGCCAGGUGGUUUGCUGGACGCAUCUCCAGGCAGGUUGCUGAAGAGAGGUUGUCCCGGCCACGAGAAUGCGGUGCGUUCCUGGUUAGGGAGAGUGAGAGCUCCCCAGGGGAAUUCUCUGUGUCCGUCAGUUACGGAGAUCUCGUGCAGCAUUUCAAGGUCAUGAACGAUGGGCAAGGCAGCUAUUUUAUCUGGGAAGAAAAGUUCCACUCCCUCAAUGAGCUGGUGGACUAUUAUCGAACGACAUCCAUUGCCAAGGGGAGGACGGUUUUCCUGAGGGAUGAAGAGCGCACGUUUGAGAAGCCAAAGCAGGCCCAGGCUCUUUUCGACUUUGCCCCACAGCACUUCUCAGAGCUGGGUUUCUACAGAGGGGACGUCAUCGAGGUCCUGGACUGCUCCGACCCCAGCCGCUGGAAAGGGAGGUGUCGUGGCAAGGUGGGGGUAUUCCCAUCCAAAUACGUCCAGCCAACCUACCACUAACCACGCCACACUGGAACUCAAAGCACACUUCCUAGAACCACUAAUCCAUUUUAAAAAACAUGCAGAUAUAAACAUCAGUACUUAAAUCCGUUGUGAAAUGUGCACAAAGCGAAUCCUGAUACCCAAACCCUACCGAAUUUGACGUGAGAGAGGUUGAUGAACAUUGGUACCUUCUCUGAGCAGCAGGACAUGCAUCCAUCACCGUUAGAGGAAACAUGUGUUGUACGGCAAUACAGCGAGGGUUACCACGCCAGCUCAGCCUAGAUUUACUGAGAGAUCUGGGAGACACACCUAUAAUGCAUCAAACUCCUCACCCUUCAAAUCAAUAAGGAAUGAAUGUGUUUCCUUAUGUAUAGACACUAAACAGCCCUCUCUUAACCUUAGCAUUAUUGCCUUGGAUAUUUUCUACACCUGAUCUAUUGUGGGAUACACACAAAACGAGAUAUUCUAGGUAUCUUUCAAACAGUUCACUCAUAUUUGUGGUAAACGUUCUGAUGAAACACAACCAUAUUGAGAAUGACUGGGAAAUCUAAGUUGAUACAAUACUUAGGCACCCACUAACGAUUCUUAGUGUGCCUCUUCACCUGUGAAAAUGAUGAGGAAAGGAAACUGGGGCUGAAUUAAUGUACAAAAGGGUUUACUCCAGUGCAAAGUAACAAGCCCCUGUUAGUGUUUGAAAACUAGUAAUAAAUGACUCAAAAUAUUAACGUCCCUGGCAGGUAUCCAUAUUGUUUCUCGCUAGUUUUGUUUUCUCCUUUUUGAACUUUGCACUCAAGCACUCCUGUCAUUUCCACUUAAACCCUUAACCAUACACUUCACCUGCAUUAUCCCGUUUCACUGUAUAGGCAAUAAACUUUAAAA